CCCGCUUUUGUCAGGAGUUCGCUUCGCCCGAAGCCUGACAAUAAAGUUGGAUCUGGAUCCACAUCUUACAGUUAACUUCCCUUAGCACGUGAUUGUGCACAGUGAAACCUAUAUAAAGCUCUGCAGCUUGCACGGACAGUAAACGGAGGCCGAUUACUGGACACAACUAACUGAUAUAAACGGAGCUCCAUGAAUUCUUAGCUAACUUCAACAUUUGUCAGAAGUUUUAGUUGCACCUUUUAUAACCAGUGACUCAUUCUGUGAAGGAAAUAGAAUUUAAAAGAUGGAUCAUUCAAAUGAGACCAAUUUCACUGAAAGUACCAUUCAGACGGCGAAGACUGAAAGUGACUCGGAAGACAACGAAUACCUGUACAUUUUAAUCGUCAUGUCUUUCUAUGGAGUCUUCCUCCUGGGGAUAGUGCUGGGCUAUAUCAGAUCGAAGAGAAACGAGCGGAAAGAUGACACUCUGUUCCUGUAUGAUGACAGAGGGGAGUGGGCUGGUCUGAAAGCGGCGCACAUGCCCUUGGUGUUUAGCGCCUUGCCGGAGAGCGUGGUGCCCGCUCUCUCUUGCGCCAUGUGCACCAUGGAGAGUAGCGUGAGCUCGGAGGGAACACAGGACAUCCAAGUGGCCGUCGAGGAGGAGGUAGAUGGAACUGAAAAUCUGCUCAAUGGUACCUCAGACAACAUUGAGCGCAGCACUCAUCCGCCAACUGAAAACCCUUGUUAAAACAAUUGACAGAGGGCUUAUCAGAGCACAAUGCAUGGCUAAAGUUACAGUUUGAAGGGCAGAUAGUCACCAAACCCCAUGAUUUUGGCUGGACUGACAGAUGGUGACCAAACCCAGUCGUACACUGGUUGCCCGAAUUAUUCCUCAUUCAGUUCCAGAUCCCAUUGUAUACACACACAAAUAUGUGCGGGUUCUUUUUUAAAUACACAUAUCUACUUCCCAAAAAGUUUCACAAAUGUACAUUUGUGGACCUCCUUAUUAAGCAAGAUUUUCAAACAUAUUUGGACAAUUGGCGCCAAAAAUAUGCAGUAUAUAAUAUGCAUAUUGUCAUUCCAGCAUGACUCAACAUUGCUGUUUAACAGAUUGUUAAUAUUUUAGGUUAGGUGAUGACGAUUAUUUUUAAAUUAGUAAUCUGUGGAUGAUAUUUAUCUGCAAAAUAAGCAAGUAGGAUACUCAAUGCAUUAGCGGGGGCUAAACAACAUAACGUUGAGUACAGAAAGGGUGAAUGAACGCUUUACUCAAAGGCGAAGUUUAACCGGCUCUUGGGCAAAGUACUGUUGGAAGCAGCUAUGAAAUGUUCACUGGCAAUCAGCCUGGAAGCACUUGAAAUCUGUAAAACCUUCCAGAUGAAAUUGACGUAGAAAUCUGUCAGAGUUUCCAUAAAGCCUUCUAUUAAUUUUAAAUUAAUUUGUAAAUCAUGUAAAUAGGUGAAGCUGCAAAUUAUUUGUAAAUAUUUAUUACUGAGUUGGAUUAAAAUUAUCUGAUUUUAAGAUCA